AUGGUGUUUUUGGGUUUCGGUGGUCUUGGGGUUGCUUUUACUUCAGAAUCGAACCAGGAUUUCUCUUAUGAGGAGGAAGUGCCCUGUGUGAGGCGAUAUCUUGCCUAUAUACUGGAACAUAAGAUCAGGGAUUGUCUUAAGAGGCUAGCUCAGGCUCAAGUGGUUGAUCAAAGGGCUGUGCAACCUGUGCAAACAGCGCGAGGUGGACCGUCGCCGUCGAGAGGUCAUGACCGAGGUCGCGGUGGCAAUAGCCGUGGACGUGGGGCACCUGGCAAGGGUAUUGUUAACACUGAGGCUCGUCAGCUAGCUUUGGUAUAUGCUACUCAUCGCCGUGAGGAGGUUUGCUUGGCUAUGACAGUCAGGAGUCUCAACUCCGAUCAGUAUGCACUUCUCGAGUUUAAGGAUCGCAUUACCGGUCCUCAAAAUGUCUUGGCAAACAAUUGGACGGCCUCAACCUCUGUUUGCAAUUGGAUCGGUGUUUCUUGUGGCAUCCUUCAUAAAAGAGUUAUAGCUUUGAAUCUUACAAGCAUGAAUCUUAGGGGUACUAUCCCUCCACACCUUGGAAAUAUUUCAUUUCUACUCUCUCUCGACUUGAGUAGCAACCAUUUCUAUGGCCAUCUCCCUAAAGAAUUGGGCCAAUUGCAUCGUUUGAGGAUCCUUCAAUUAAGCUACAACCGUCUUAAUGGGGAAAUUCCAUCAUGGCUUGGGAAUUUACAGAGAGUUCGAAGGCUGAAAAUGAAAAAUAAUAACUUUACAGGCACAAUCCCUGAAACAAUUGUUAACAUGUCUAAUCUAGAGAUCUUGAACUUGGGAUUCAAUCAAUUAUCUGGUCAGGUUCCAUCUUCCAUCUUCAAGAUUUCUUCUCUGAAGAUUCUUGAUCUCUCCAGCAAUAGCCUAUCAGGUAGUUUGCCUAGUGAUAUGUGUCAACAUCUUCCCAAGCUUGAAGGGCUUUACUUGAGUUGGAAUGAAUUAUCUGGUAGCAUUCCAUUUGGCAUGGGCAAAUGCAACAACCUUAAAGCUUUGUCGUUGUCCUGUAAUCAAUUUAUGGGGAUCAUUCCAAGAAGUAUUGGAAAUAUGACUCGACUUGAAGAAUUAUAUUUGGGGUUUAAUAAUCUAGAAGGUCAAAUUCCUAAGGAAAUCGGUAAUCUUCUUGGUUUGGAAAUGCUUAAUAUUAAAGCAAUUAAAGGCCUUACAGGUCAGAUACCAACUUCGAUCUUCAACAUUUCUUCUCUAGAGACUAUUGAUCUCUCCAACAAUAGCCUAUCAGGUAGUUUGCCUAGUGAUAUGUGUCAACAUCUUCCCAAGCUUGAAGUGCUUUACUUGCAUAGAAAUGAAUUAUCUAGUAACAUUCCGUCAAGUCAGAUCCCAUCAAGUAUAGCUGAAUGUUACCAGCUUCAGAAUUUAAGUUUAGGAGGAAAUCAAUUCAGUGGGCUGAUUCCAGAAAGUAUUUUUAAUUCAACUACGCUCCAAGAAAUAGAUCUAUUUGACAACAAAUUAGAAGGUAAUUUACCGCCCAUCACCAAUGCUCCAAAGCUUGAGACUCUAUUAUUGUGGACAAAUAAACUUAGCGGAAACAUUCCCAACUCUAUCUCUAAUGCUUCCAUGCUUAAGAAACUAGAGUUGGCAGAUAACUUAUUCUCUGGCCCAAUCCCUAAAAUGCUUGGCAGCUUAAAACACCUUGAAGUGCUCAAAAUCAAUGACAAUAAUUUGAUCACAGGAUCUGCUACUGAUCAUGAGUGGAUCUUUCUUUCUUCUUUGACAAAUUGUAGGAAUUUGAGAAAAAUAGAUGUUUCAAGAAAUCCAUUGAGUGGCGUUCUUCCUACUUAUAUCGGGAACCUUUCAAAAUCCCUUCAAUACUUUUAUGCCAAAAAGUGUGAGCUUAAAGGCAAUAUUCCUAUGGAAAUAGGUAACUUAAGCAACCUAUUGCUUUUACAGCUUGGCUAUAAUAAAUUAAGUGGAUUGAUUCCAGCAUCAAUAGGAGGAAUGAGAAAUCUCCAAAGUCUAAGUUUUUACAAUAAUAAAUUAGGAGGGCCUAUCUCAGAAAGCCUAUGUGGUUUGGAGAGACUAUACGAGAUGUGUUUAGGGUUGAAUAAGCUGCAUGGAUCCAUACCCUCUUGUUUAGGUAAUAUUUCUGCUUUGAGAUAUCUUUGCUUAGGUUCCAACAAAUUGAGUUCUACAAUACCCUCAACUUUGUGGAAUCUAAAAGAUAUCUUAGAAAUAGAUUUAUCAUCAAACCAUCUUCACAAUUCACAUGCUAUUGAUGUUGGAAAUUUGAGGAGUCUGCUGAAAGUAAAUUUAUCAAGGAAUCUUCUCACGGGCGAUAUCUUAUCCACAUUUGGGGGUCUUCAAACUUUGGUUUCAUUAGAUUUAUCAAAUAAUAUACUAUAUGGUCAUAUCCCUGAAUCAUUUGAUGAGUUGAUUAGUUUGGAAUUCUUGGAUUUAUGCAAUAACAAUCUCUCUGGAGUCAUUCCCAAAUCUUUGGAAAAGCUUUUACAUCUAAAGUAUUUUAAUGUGUCUUUCAAUAGACUUGAAGGGGAAAUUCCCACCGAAGGAUGUUUUUCAAAUUUUUCUAGCACAUCAUUCAUGAAGAAUUCUGCACUUUGUGGUCCACCUAGAUUGCUAGUCCCACCUUGCAAAAACGACAUCCGCAAAAAUUCCCAAAUGGCUAUAUUGCAUGCUUUAAGGUAUGGUUUACCAACAAUUGGUAUUGUCAUAGUACUAAUAGUCUUAACUAUUAUGUAUAGAAGAUACCAAAGUAGGAGUACAACUCUACCAAUUAAGGAUGAUUUGUUGUCUUUGAAAACACUGAGAAGAAUUUCACAUGUUGAACUUUCACGAGCAACUAAUGGAUUUGAGGAAAGCAAUAUGCUUGGUUCAGGGAGUUUUGGAUAUGUAUAUAAAGGGAGGCUUUCAGAUGGAAUGGAAGUUGCAAUAAAAGUUUUCAAUUUGCAAACAGAGGAAGCAUUUAGGAGUUUUGACAUUGAAUGUGAUGCUAUUCGUAAUAUAGUUCAUCGUAAUAUUGUGAAGGUCAUUACUUGCUGCUCAAGUGUUGAUUUCAAAGCCUUGGUGCUUGAUUACAUGCCUAAUGGAAACCUUGAGAAAUGGUUACAUUAUGAAAAUUGUUUCCUUGAUAUCAUACAAAGGGUCGACAUAAUGAUAGAUGUUGCGGUAGCUAUAGAACACCUCCACAAUGGACAUCCGACACCUAUAAUUCAUUGUGACAUAAAACCAAGCAAUAUUUUACUAGAUGAAGACAUGGUUGCACAUGUUGGAGAUUUUGGUGUUGCCAAAUUGUUGGGAGAAGGUGAAGUAAUGAAGCAAACUAUGACUCUUGCAACUAUCGGGUAUAUGGCACCAGGUGAAUUCUUUUUUAUUUUUGUAUGA